AUGCUAUGCACCAAUAGUGCAGACGGGCACAAGCAAACACGUAGCAAGUUUUCUAACACGAGGGCUGUCCUUGAUGGAACUGAGGUACGUAUCCAGAAGCCGUCGUCGUUGCUUGCUCAGAGGCAGACCUUCUCGCCCUACAAACACUACAACACCUACAAAGCGGUUGUUGGAUGUACACCCGAAGGGUACAUUUGCCAUGUUUCACAACUGUGGGGUGGGACUGUGUCAGACAGAAUGAUAGUUGAGGAGAGUGGGCUCGUGGAUCAGUUGGAGUCGGGCGAUGCCAUCAUGGUAGACAAGGGAUUCAAAUUUAAUAGCCUACCACCUGGAGUGCAAGUGCACAUUCCGUGUUUCAGGCAGCCGAACGAAGCUCAGAUGCCGGAGGAAGAUGUGGCACACACCCGGCGGGUGGCCAGUGCACGUGUAGUUGUUGAACGCGCAAUCGGAAGGAUUAAGCAAUUUCACUUCCUUGAUCGACCCUUCCCCAUCUCCAUGAUAGAUAUUGCAGAUGAGGCGUUUCAGGUUUGUUGCUUUUUAAGCAACUUUCGUAUGCCACUCAGCCGUGCUGAGUAGCAGCAGGACAUAUGUGUCGG